UGACCCGGCUUUUUCCAAGGGUAUUAUCUUAGAAGGACACUUUUGAAUCUUGAAAUAAAGCCCUUGUGCUCUUGGAAAAAAAAGAUAAACAUAGAUAGUAUUAGGGGAUGUAGAGCUGUUACUUUUAAAGAAGAUAAGUACCUGAUCAUACCUUCAAGGCACAGAGGCAUCAUACUGAAAUUCCCUGAUGACUGACAUGAGAAGGGGACCCCCUCUCUGCCUGAUGUGGAAAACCUCAGAAGACUCUUGCUCCCUUCUCAGAGACCAGCAUUCCUCUGGGAAUGUGAUCAUGCUCACCAGCAACUGGCUGACAAAGUGCUUCCUGUACAUUCACCACAGAGAUGCAGCAAGAACUCAGAUCUUAAAUAUUACACAGGAAACAGUGGCCACUGGCCCUGGCCCUCUUUCCACACCUAAUGGUUUCAAAGUUGUGAGGCAUAAACAGGUGACAAUUGAGAACUGGUCAGACCCCUGAAGAAGAUGUUCCUGCUCCUGCUUCUCCUGGUGGCUGUCCUGCCAGUCCGCACUGAAGGAGGAAAAAUACGUUGGGGUACAGAGGCCAAACCCCACUCCCGGCCCUACAUGGCAUUCAUAAAUUAUUAUGAUAGCAAAUCAGUCAAGAUUCGAUGUGGUGGUUUCCUGGUGAGAGAAGACAUCGUCAUGACAGCCGCUCACUGUAAUGGAAGGAAUAUAAAUGUAACCUUGGGUGCUCACGAUAUCAAGAAACAGGAAAACACACAACACAUCUCGGUUCUUAAAUCCGUCCCUCACCAGGACUUUAACGGAAAAACACUGGUCAAUGACAUCAUGCUACUAAAGCUGAAACACAAAGCUCGACUCAAUAAUGUUGUGCAGAAAAUUGACCUUCCAAAGAGCCAGGACUGGGUGAAACCUGGGCAGGUGUGCACAGUGGCAGGCUGGGGAACCCUGGCCAAUGAUAGUCUGUCUAACACACUUCAGGAAGUAAACCUAGAAGUUCAAAAAAGUCAUACAUGCCAAGAAAUGUCCAAAAACUACAACGACUCCAUCCAGAUCUGUGUGGGCAAUCCCAAGAAGAAGAAGGCUACUGGUAAGGGAGAUUCAGGGGGACCCUUUGUGUGCCACAAUGUGGCCCAGGGCAUUGUCAGUCGUACCUUUAAUACCAUAAAACCUCCUCGGGCAUUCACUAGAAUCUCUAGCUUUCUACCUUGGAUUCAAGAAAAAAUGAAACUCCUUCAACAACCCUAGAAGACAAGCCCUGUGUCUAGGGUAGUGUCCAACAUCCUGGGGCACAGCUACCUGAAUCUUAAUAAAGAAAUCUGUCUUCACAACAAA